CAACAGCAAGAGAGAGAGGAAAUGGAGAAGCGGCUGGUGGUGGUGAUGGUGAUGGUGAUGGUAACAGUGUUAGGUUUCAUUUCGGUUGUGACUGCCGUGCCAGGAACUGCCACUUACUAUGACCCUCCCUAUGUUCCCUCAUCAUGCUAUGGAAACCAAGACAACGGUGUGAUGAUCGCUGGGGCGAGUGAUACUAUCUGGGGUAAUCGGGCCGCUUGCGGGAGGCACUAUUCAGUGAAAUGCACUGGUCAGGUAAACACAUUGCCUAAACCUUGCAAAGAAACCAGCGUCGUCGUGAGAAUCGUCGAUUACUGCCCAUCACCAGGCUGCAAUGGGACCAUCAAUCUAUCUCGAGACGCCUUCAAUGCCAUCGCCAACCUCCAAGCCGGCAAGAUCAAGAUCGACUAUCAACAGGUUUGAAAUGCAAGAGAUGGAGAGAGGAGUACAGAAGCAGUAAUAAGGGUGCAAUCUAAUCUAUUUUCUACUUGGCUGUGGUUCAUGCUUCAUAUACGUUCAUGAAGAUCAUGUACUUUUGCUUCUUAUGAUUGUAAAUGAAUGGAUAUGAGUAUGAUACAUUAAAUAAAGGCACCAUUCUCUCC